UAAACGUUUUCAUAAUAUCAACAUUGGUCAAUCAUUUUCAUUAGGUAUAAAUAAGAGUGAAAUUUAAUGAAAUGCAGAGUCCGCCAGUAUGAAUACUAAAACUAUUGUCAUUUUGUUCGCUAUUACUGUCGUCGUCUUGGCGUUGACGAUUGACCAAGCCGAAGCUCAACGUGGUAGAUGUCGUAGACGUUGUAGUGGUGGACCCCAGGAUAGAUGUGUAGCCUGUGGAAGCCGUUGCCCACCUACCUGCCGUAAUCCUAGACCUAGAUGCCGUUCAGGAUGUAUACACAAUGUCUGCCAAUGUGCACCCGGAUGGGUUCGUGCUCCCGGCGGCCGUUGCGUUCGUCCUAACCAAUGUCCAAGAUCUCGGGGUUAGAUAUUAUCACCCAUUAACUUGAUGAAUUAUAAAAAUUAUUAUUUAUCCUAUAACCUUCAAUCGACUGAUCGAUAGAUAAAUAAUAAAAUAAAUUAUUUAAGUAGUC